AUGCGUCCUACGUUACCUCUUGAUACGUUUAAGAUCACACUGCUUGGAUGCAUUCGCUUCUUGGACCAUUUUGGUGGUCUUUACGGCAACACGCUAAGCCCGGCUGCCCGGAAAAGGUCCGAUAGAGCUUUAAAAGCAGCGCUUCAAGCUUUUGCACUGCAGUGGAUGCCUAAUUCUGAAUCUCCUCUGGAUCCGGGAGAUCCUUUAUGCAAAAGCUCAGCUGAAACCUUGAAUGGAGAGCCUCUAGGAUCUAGUUCACUGCUGGGCGUUUACACGGAUGCAUGGUUUCGUGCUCGGUCCAUACUAAGAGAGGCGAUCUCCGUUCGAUCAUUCCGAGUUGUGUGUGCUUUCUUCAUAUUCGAUGGUAUUGCGGUCCCGUCAAAGGCUUAUGUCACACUCAAUGAGCCUCAUCUAGAGCACGAGUUUCUUAGUCUUGGUCUACGCAAGCUUCAAGAGUUGGAUAGGCUUGUCAAUCAAUACUGCGACAAUCUCGGGCCUUUCUCCCAGUACGGCGCUCUAGCAGAAGCAAGCUUGAGUCUUGUACGUUGGUGCGGUUAUAUCCGUGAAACCGGAGCGGCCCUCACUACUGAUUUCCAAUGCACAUUCCCUGCGCCCUUUUUCAACUCAGAGCCAUCUACCAGCGGAGUUUCAAUUCCAGAGGGCCCAUUCCACCAUACCCUUCCUUAUCUAGAUCACAACCUUCCAGAUAUCUGCCGGAAAGCAGCUGGAGAUGCCUUUCGUAUAUGGAGAGAAAUCGCCAAUGUGAAAAACUCUCUUCCUCGAUUGGUUGAUGGUGCUUUCAAUCUCCCGCCUGGGUCAUUCGAGACCAUCAGCUCGGCAAUUACGGCGAUCGAACAAUUCAAUCACUCCUUUCGACCCUUCAUCAAUCACUGCAGAGAGAAUUUCUCAGACCUAUCAAUACCUUCACGAAUAUCUUUAGUCUCCCUCGCGAUGCCCUGGGACCUAGGUGUACUUGUCCUCGCGGACACCGUGCAAGUUUUCGCACACGGAUUGUGCCGGUACAGCCAUCCUGCAUUGUUCUCAUGCAUUCAAUCGUACGGAAACGAGGCAGCAUCUUCUGUUGCAAGCACCAUUGGAUGCAUGCUUCUUCUGCCCACAGAGGAGAGAUUCAAUCUGCAAAAUGGCUUGGGGGCCGAGGUUCCCAUCAUUGCUUACCAUGUCACUCCCGGGAUAAUGUCUGCGACUUUAGAAAGGGCUGUAGAACAUGUGGUCAAACUGCGGCUUUCAUCGCCGGGGGAUUCGGACGACAUGUUGCAGGACCAUCAAAUUGACCGUCUCAUGAAGGGUCUCGUCUCACUCGAUGUGACAAUUGGCGGUUCUCAAACCGCCGGCGUCGCUAUGCAGUCAUUGAUGCAUAAGUACGGCGACGCUAUCUCCGAGUGUUGGACCUGCGACUUUGAGACAUAA